GUGACAGUAGACAGACAAGGCUGUUGGACUGGGCUGGAGGAAUACACGCAGAUACACACCAGAAGAUGUCUGGGACACCACCCCCAGUACGUCCUAGGAAGCCAUCAGGUGUUAGAGUCAUGCCCCAUGAUGGUCAACUUCCUUCCCAUGGCUACGCAAAGGAGUUCAAAGUGAAGGGGGCCAGUAGUGAGCCAAAACACACAUCUCGAGAACAUGCAGAGAGAGAGGUGGAGAUCCUAAACCACUGCAUUGAUGACGUGGAGCGCUUCAUGGGCCGCCUGCAGCAGGCUGCUGAGGCUCAGAGCAUCCUCAACCAGAGGAAGAGGAAGAGCAGAAAAAGCAAGAAGAAAGAGAAGCAGGAUGAUGAUUUGCUGACCCUGAAAGCCUGCCCUCCACCUACGGAGGAGUUUGUUGACAUUUUUCAGAAAGUCAAGUACUCCUUCUGUCUGCUGGACCGCCUGAAGUCGUCCAUCACAGAGCCCUCUUCUGGGGAGCUGGUGCAUCACGUCUUUAUUCCCCUGGGCCUGAUGGUGAAGACUACUGGUGGGCCAGAGAUGGGGGCGACUGUGGUCAGUCCAGCCCUGACCAGUGGUGCUGUGUCUCUACUGCAGAAGCACCUGACCGACGACGAGAAGGAGCUCUGGACCUCCCUAGGGCUUAACUGGACCUUACACUGCUCCCAGCUUGUUGAGUCUGUCCCUCCAUACUCACCUGUCUUUCUGGAUGGAUGGCAGCCUAAGGCCUUUGACCCAGAAGGUAAACUUUGGGAGGACCCAAUCAAGUCACAGCACAAACAGGAUGCUCUUCAAUACAGUGUAGAGGACCCUCCUGGUCAGGCUGAGGAAGGACCCAGCUCAGUCCAGCACACUGACGAAUCAGAUGGCAGUGAACUUCCACCUGAGGGCGAGAGGAUGUUCAGCUGCAGCUACGGCUUUGUUGCCAGGAACAGCAGUGAACUCUCCGUGCUGCAGGGAGAAACUCUGGAGGUGAUUGAGUCGUCAAAGCGUUGGUGGAAAUGCCGCAAUAACUUUGACCAGAUUGGGUUUGUUCCCUUCAACAUUCUGGAGCCUCUGUCUGCCCUCAACAACAACCAUAGGGAUAGCCCAGUGGCACUCAGACAGUCCAAGAAGAUGCCCUUCGCCCCUACAAGGCACUUCUCCUACACCCCCUCCAGCAGAGAAGGGGCCAACCUCCUCGCCGUGCCCCGCCGUCCUCAAAGCAUGUCCCCCUCCACCAUGACAGGGGACAAAGGCUUUAUGGUGAACGAUGAGCUCCUCCAGCGGCUGGCCAACGGCAGGGCGGGCUCCAUCCGUCCCCUAGUGAUCCCCCGCACCACAGACACCUCGGCCCCCCUGGACUACCACUCCCCUCCUGCUGAGGUAGAGGGCUGGCUGAGAGGGAAGGGCUUCACUGAGCCGACAGUAACACUGCUGGGGAGACUCACUGGUGCUGAGCUCUUUGCCCUGAGUAAAGAGGACCUGCGUAUGUUUUCACCAGAGGAGGGUGCCAGAGUGUACAGCCAGAUGAUGGUGCAGAAGGCUUUACUGGAGGAUGUCCACACAUCUACAGAGCUGGAGACAAUGAUGGAGAAACAGAAACAGAAAGCGGACUUCCAGCUGGAGAGCAGGAGGCUGUGACCAAGAACAAGCUAUACACAUGUAUAUCACUGAUACACAGAUAUCACUGGUUGAUGGACGCCAACACAAUAACAUCACUGUCACUGAUUAAGAGGACACACACACUCAAUAACAUUGUCUGUAUGGAGACUCUGAUACAGAGAUUUCACUUUUAAAGGGUAGUUCACCCAAACUAUAAAAUGACUUGGUUUUCUUAAGGCGUCCGCAUGCUUCCCAGCCAAAAUAGUUUGAAAGAGUUUGUGCAUAUAUUAUGAUGACAUUUUGUGACGUUGUUUGUUUUGGACGUUGGUGAGUGUUUUUUAGGCUGUUCAGGCACAACAUUUUUCUGGAUGCAAGCAGAAGUUUUGAGCCUUAGUCUACGCCUCUUCGUUGGUGAUUGGUCAACAGUAGGGAUUUUUCAA